CCUUCCUGCGGAUGCAGCACGGCUGCGGGAUGGUCGUCUGGAUCCGGGCAGGGCUGCAGAGCAGCAGCGGAAUACGGCUGCACGAGCUGCUGCCCGUCAAGACCCGCAGUACAGGGCUGCGGAGCAGCAGCGGGACGCAGCUGCACGAGCUGCUGCCCGUCAAGACCCGCAGUACAGGGCUGCAGAGCAGCAGCGGGACACGGCUGCACGAGCUGCUGCCCGUCAAGACCCACAGUACAGGGCUGCGGACGCAGCUGCACGAGUUGCUGCCCGUCAAGACCCACAGUACAGGGCUGCAGACGCGGCUGCACGAGCUGCUGCCCGUGA